AUUGCAAGUUUUGGGAGGCCUGGGCUAUUUUGGGGAGGGAGUAAAUAUAUAUCAUCGGCCACACCGGGCAAUCAAUCAUCCUCAUGUGCUUAAAUGAGGCCUCCUGCUGUUCCAACGAACGCUGCAGCUUCAUGUUUCACGCCUACUCCCUCCGCCGAUUCCCUCCAACACUAUUAGGGCUUUUCUUCUCUUCUUCUUCCAAUCUCACAAACACCAAUUUCACCCCCUCUUGCGCCACACCUGUUUUCGUAUAAAACCCGACUCCCGUUCGACUGAAUUUGUUGAAUGAUCGAUCACUUGAGUCCGGCUGUUUUGCUGAUUGAUUGGAGGCUAAAGUUCCAGUCUUGUCGAGUAUUCUUGGCGUUUCAGGGUUCGCUGGUUGAGCACGAAUUACUAGUUCUUCCUGAAAGAUAGGUGCGUAUUGAUGCACUGAGCGUUUUAGUGAUCUUUGGAGUCUGGGAUUCAGUUCACUCGAGUUCGUUUCUUUUUAAAGGUCUGUUUGGGUGCAAUUUCUUGAGUGAGUUGGGUGUAAUUCUUGAGUGAAUGUGAUGUCUUGGGUGGUAGCUUAGGAAAGAGUUCUUGAAGGGGUUGUUUUGCGUUUCAGACUUUCAGUUGUGUGGUUCGAUUUGAUUGUUUUCUUGAUUGAUUAGAUUAACUAUUCGUGAUAUAUUUGGAGUUUCGGGUUCAGCUCUUUCGAGUUUUUGAGGCAUGUUUGGAUAUACUUCUUGAGUGGAUUUGACUUAUUGGAUAUCGAGUUUCGGCUGCUGUAAGGUUUGAUUGUUCAAUGGUCAUUUGAAUAACUAUGCAUUGUAAUGGUAAUGGUAAUAUAUCAAAUUUAAAAGAUGGAGUUGAGAGCGUUAUGGCCAAGAAGAGGAAUGACCAAAUUCAAGUGCACGACUUACUGUGUCAAGCUGGGGAGAUUAAGCGAUUUGGCAAACAUGUCAACGGUGUGGACAAGAAAGGUCCAUUAAAUUUGGAUAGCAGCUCUGCUGAUGAACAGUUUGAUUCCAUCUUUCAGAAUGGAUUUGAUGAUAAAACAAGUUUGUUGCACACCGAGUCUUCUCACCAGCAGUAUGAUGCAUGCUCCACUCCAGAUAAACAUUAUGAUAGAGCAAGUUCAGUUCCACAUUUAUCAAGUAUAAGUCUUUCCCCAUCAACGGAUCUGACUUCGAGCGAACCACCUCAAGCCAGAGGAGGCCUGCGAUAUUGUGUUACGGCUCCUGUUUCCAGACAUAAAAGUUUCUCCCUUAAAGGUGAGGACAUUGGUUCUUCACGAGAAUCAAGAUCUAUGAUUGAGAGAAGGAAUGCAAAAAGGCAUGAUCUAAGAUUGGAUAGACUUUCUGAGCGCGAGAAGCAAAAGCUGAUUGUGGAAUUGGUGAGGAUCCAGAAUGAUGGGACAGUUGAGGUUGAUCUAACCAAGAAUGAACCUGUAACCUCUGAGUUGCUGGAGCUUCAAACAGUUGAAGAUCCACAUCAUGGUGUUGAUCGUAUCAUCACUGGCUCUAAUAACUCAGUUCCUAAACUGCAAAUUGCCAUGCUUGUAGUGGGAACAAGGGGAGAUGUCCAACCAUUUCUGGCUAUCGCCAAGAGACUUCAGGAAUUUGGUCAUCAUGUUAGACUGGCAACUCAUGCAAACUUCCGUGAUUUUGUGAAAUCAGCAGGCGUAGACUUCUAUCCUUUGGGUGGUGACCCCAGGGUUUUGUCAGGAUAUAUGGCCAGGAAUAAAGGCCUUGUUCCAUCAGCACCCGGGGAGAUUGCAGUUCAAAGAAAACAGUUAAAGGCUAUCAUUGAGUCACUUCUUCCAGCUUGUACAGAACCAGAUAUUGAAACAGGACAGCCUUUCAGGGUCCAAGCGAUUAUUGCAAAUCCUCCUGCAUAUGGACAUGUACAUGUAGCUGAAGCUCUUGAAGUGCCUAUUCACAUAUUCUUCACAAUGCCUUGGACGCCAACAUAUGAAUUUCCUCAUCCAUUAGCUCGCGUGCCUCAGAGUGCUGGAUACUGGCUUUCUUAUUUGGUGGUGGACUUACUGAUAUGGUGGGGCAUACGAAGUUACAUUAAUGACUUUAGAAAAAAGAAGCUCAGUCUUCCCCCAAUAGCGUAUUUCAGUACGUACCACGGAUCCAUAUCACACCUCCCUACUGGCUACAUUUGGAGCCCUCAUGUUGUUCCUAAACCACAAGAUUGGGGCCCUCUUGUAGAUGUUGUUGGUUAUUGUUUUCUAAAUCAUGGAUCAAAUUACCAGCCUCCUGAACCAUUUGCUCAAUGGAUACAAAAAGGACCAAAACCUAUUUAUAUAGGGUUUGGAAGCAUGCCUCUUGAAGAUUCCAAGAAAACUACAGAAAUUAUCUUGGAAGCACUUAAAAUUACUGGACAAAGAGGAAUUAUUGACCGCGGUUGGGGAGGUCUUGGUAAUUGUCACGAUAUCCCUGAAACCGUUUACCUUAUUUCGGAGUGUCCUCACGAUUGGCUCUUUCCUCAAUGCUCAGCUGUGAUUCAUCAUGGUGGUGCUGGAACUACAGCUACCGGGUUACGAGCUGGGUGCCCGACGACAAUAGUACCCUUCUUUGGUGACCAGUAUUUCUGGGGAGACAGAAUUCAUCAAAAAGGGCUUGGACCACCUUGCAUUCCCAUAUCCCUCCUCAGCAUUGACAACAUUUCUGAUGCCAUAAAAUUUAUGCUACAGCCGGAGGUGAAAGCGCGGGCAAUGGAUCUGGCCAAACUAAUAGAGAACGAAGAUGGAGUUGCGGGGGCCGUUGACGCGUUCCACCGCCACUUGCCGCCAGAACUGCCACUGCCAGCCACCAUCACCACGGUGGCUACACAUGAUAAUGACAGGCCGAGUCUUUUGCAGUGGCUGUUUAUGAGGAUUGGAAGGGUGUGUUCUCUGCCUUGUGGUUGUUCUAAUUAACAUUUUUUCCCUAUUCUAUUGUAUUUAUUUAUUUAAUUUAUUUAUUGUUUGCCCGUGUUGUGUGUAUCAUUUUUUUUUUUGAAAAAAAUAUUCUUCCUAUAGAAAAAGUGGAAUUAGUAUAGGUCAUACUACAGGUUUGUGUACUGAGGUUUUGGCUUCUUUUUUUUUUGUUUGUAUGUUAAAGUUGCAUAAAAGUUCAUGGGAGGGAGAAUUAAUAUUGUUUUUGUUGAUGAGAUUACUUUGUGUGGGUGUUUUUGUUUGGAGAUUUCUCUGAGGAAAAGUUAUGCCCAAAGACGGAGCCAUGCAAAGUUCACCAAAGAAUAUCACCGUCCCUUGACAAGAGCUGCAUCAUUCACUGAUUACCAGCCCAAUUAUUUCUAGUUUUUCAUGACCAUUUGAGUUUUUUACAAUUUAUAAUAAAAUAAAUCUACUUGUACCUC